AUGGAGCAAGAGGUGCAAAAGCGCCAGCAGACGAAUGAAGCUUUCCAAAAGGCGCUCAAGGAAAUCGGAGGAAUCAUUACUCAAGUCGCGGAUGGAGACCUUUCCACGAGAGUUCAGAUCCAUCCACUCGAGAUGAAUCCUGACAUUACGACUUUCAAAGUUACGAUCAACACAAUGAUGGACCAGUUGCAGGUAUUCGCGAGCGAGGUCUCCCGAGUGGCACGAGAGGUGGGCACAGACGGUAUACUGGGCGGUCAGGCGCAGAUCGUCGGGGUACAUGGCGUUUGGAAGGAGCUCACCGAUAACGUAAAUGUCAUGGCAUCCAAUCUCACAGACCAAGUCCGUGAGAUCGCCCUUGUUACUACAGCGGUCGCUCACGGCGACCUGAGUCAGAAAAUUGAACGGCCUGCCAAAGGCGAGAUUUUCAAUCUCCAGCAGACCAUUAACACGAUGGUGGACCAACUUCGUACAUUUGCCAUGGAGGUCAAUCGUGUUGCGCGAGAUGUUGGAUCUGAAGGCGUCCUUGGUGGACAAGCACAAAUCUACGGCAUGCAGGGAAUAUGGAAGGAGCUCACUGUCAAUGUCAAUGCCAUGGCGAAUAACUUGACAACACAAGUUCGUGAUAUCGCCACGGUAACAACUGCAGUCGCAACCGGAGACCUCACACAGAAGGUUCAAGCUGAAUGCAAAGGCGAAAUACUUGCUCUGAAAGAAAUUAUCAACUCGAUGGUCGACCAACUCCGACAAUUCGCGCAGGAAGUCACGAAGAUAGCGAAAGAGGUUGGCACAGAUGGCGUUCUCGGGGGUCAGGCGACAGUUCACGAUGUUGAAGGGGUUUGGAAGAACUUGACAGAGAAUGUCAACGGGAUGGCAAUGAACCUUACCACCCAGGUGCGAGAGAUAGCAGAUGUUACCACGGCUGUGGCCAGGGGUAAUCUUACGAAAAAGGUGACUGCUAAUGUCAAAGGGGAAAUUGCGGACCUGAAGCAUACGAUAAAUGACAUGGUUGAUCGCCUGAACCAAUUUGCAUUUGAGGUCAGCAAAGUUGCACGUGAAGUCGGAAUUGACGGGACACUCGGCGGCCAGGCUGUUGUCGCCAAUGUCGAGGGCGAGUGGAAGACAUUGACAGACAACGUGAAUACAAUGGCUCAGAACCUGACUUCCCAAGUCCGAGCGAUAUCAGAAGUUACUCAGGGUAUUGCUAGAGGGGAUUUAAGCAAGAAGAUAGUGGUCCAUGCCCGGGGGGAGAUUUUGACAUUGAAAGAAACAAUCAAUGAUAUGGUACAUCAACUGGACCAGUUCGCUCAAGAACUCAAGCGGGUCGCACGUGAUGUUGGCGUGGAGGGAAGAAUGGGAGGGCAGGCUAGCAUCGCCGGCAUGGGCGGUCGAUGGAAAGAGAUCACCGAGGAUGUCAAUAUCAUGGCCGACAAUUUGACUUCCCAGGUUCGUGCAUUCGGAGAGAUCACAAAUGCAGCCACGGACGGAGAUUUCAGCAAAUUGAUCACAGUCAGUGCAUCUGGGGAGAUGGACGAGCUCAAGCAAAAGAUUAACAAGAUGGUCUCGAAUCUACGCGAGAGUAUUCAGCGCAACACUGCGGCAAGAGAAGCAGCCGAACUCGCUAACAGAAGCAAAUCGGAAUUCCUUGCUAAUAUGAGCCAUGAGAUCCGAACGCCAAUGAAUGGUAUCAUUGGUAUGACGCAGUUGACUCUUGACACAGACGAUCUUCAACCAGGCGCAAGAGAGAUGUUAAAUGUUGUGCACGGCCUUGGGAAUAGCCUGCUCACUAUCAUCGAUGACAUCCUUGAUAUCUCAAAGAUUGAAGCAAACCAUGUCGUUAUUGAAGAUAUUCCUUUCAGUCUUGGCAAUAUAGUCUUUAACGCUCUGAAGGCUCUUGGGGUUGAAGCCAAUGAAAAGGCACUAAGUCUCACCUACAUGGUUGACAACUCUGUGCCUGACUUCAUUGUCGGAGAUUCUUUCCGCCUCCGACAAAUCAUUCUGAACCUGAUCGGGAACGCCAUCAAAUUCACCGAGCAUGGAGAGAUCCAACUUACUGUGAAGCAACAGGAGCCAAGAGAAGGUGAUUUUGAUGAAUGUCGCCUUGAGUUCACUGUUUCAGAUACCGGAAUUGGUAUACAUCAUAGCAAGCUCGACUUGGUUUUUGACAAGUUUCAGCAAGCCGACGGUUCAACGACCCGAAGGUUCGGUGGCACAGGCCUUGGCCUGUCAAUAUCAAAGAGACUAGCGAACCUCAUGGAUGGCGAUAUAUGGGUCACAUCAGAUGUGGGUUCAGGCAGCACCUUCCAUUUUACAUGCACCGUUAAGCGAGGAGGUUUGUCUCCUGAAGCUAUGUCCCAGCGGUUAAUGCCUUACCAAGGCCACGGAGUCCUUCUUCUUAUUGAGGGCUGUAACGAGGAUCGUUCGGAACAGAUAUGCCACAUAUUAGCGGAACUCAAGCUUCUUCCCAUUAAGAGUCCCACCAUCCGCGUACUGGCGCAGAUCAGUGCUGACCACUUCCAAAUGAGAGAAGUUCUGCAAGCUGAAGUUGUCAUUUUUGAGGUUAUGGAGACCUUAAUUGGUUUAAGAGCCUUGGAUGACUUUAAAUCGGUUCCUGCCGUCCAAAUAGGACCUGCGAUAUCAGUAAGCAUGAAGGCGGCACUAGAUUUGUGCAUCACCUCAUAUGUGACAAAUCCCUGUCAUUUGAUCGACCUUGGGAAUGGCAUACUUCCCGCGUUCGAGAGCCGGCCGUCCCGAAUCACCAAAGGCCAGACAUAUUCUUUAUCAAUCCUGCUGGCCGAGGACAACGAGGUCAACCAGAAAGUAGCUCUCAAAAUCCUUGAGAAGCACAAUCACUAUGUAACUGUGGUCGAUAAUGGCCUGGAUGCCUUCGUGCAAGUCAAAGAAAGGAAAUUCGAUGCGGUCUUGAUGGAUAUUCAAAUGCCAGUCAUGGGUGGGUUUGAGUCCACCGCCAAAAUUCGGGAGCAUGAACACUCGUUCAAUCUGCCACGCAUGCCGAUUAUUGCUCUCACCGCCCAUGCUAUGUUUGGCGACCGCGAGAGAUGUAUUGAGGCGGGAAUGGACUGCUACCUGUCAAAGCCUCUGAAUCCAGAUCAGAUGAUACAGACGAUCCUCAAAUAUACUACUUCCACUGGUACUGCUUUGGUAGGGAAUGACUAG